UGAUUGGUCAGCGGCCUCACGGAACACUUCCUGGAUGAUGUUGAGCCAACAGCAUCGAGUUUUAGGACCAUGGACAGCCUCGAAGAAAUGCAUUUUAGCAAGAUAUAUAUGGUUUAAAAUAAGGACAUUUUACUUAUAUUCAACAUAACAGUUUAGUUACGUUAUCCUCUUCUCAUGACUCAUAAGCCACACGCAACCACAACUACUUCCUCAUAUCACAUUAUAAAAAUAUAUAACCCCUCUCAAGAACGCAAAUGAAUAAUGCCAAAGUCAGAGGCCACGAUGGAGAGUGGUACGCACAGCUGUACGUCACAGCAUCAGCGACUGAGUGCAUCGUCCAAGCUCGCCGACCUCCUCAAGGCCUCCCAUGGCGGAGGCUGAGGACCUGACCUCGGGCCUGUUGUGGACCCCCAGGUGUUUGGCUGGGCGGGCCAGGCGGCGGAGCUCCUGCAGGGGCUGCAGCAGCAGCGCCGGCUGGGCACGCUGUGUGACGUGGUGCUGGUGGCGGGGGCCCAGCGCCUCAGCGCCCACCGCGCCCUCCUGGCCAUCUCCAGCCCCUACUUCCACGCCAUGUUCACCCUGGUCAUGAAGGAGCAGCGGCAGGCGGAGGUGGAGCUGGUGGGGACGUCCUACGGGGGUCUGAAGGCUGUGGUGGACUUCAUGUAUAGCGGGGAGCUGCCAUUGAACGGCGGGAACAUCAAUGAUGUCCUGGAGACCGCCCACCUGCUGCAGGUGGGCCAAGCGGUGGACUUCUGCUGCCAGUACCUGGAGAUGGAGGUGUGCGAGGACAACUACCUGUACCUGCAGGAGCUGGCUCUCUUCUACAGCCUGGAGCGCCUGGAGGCCUUCGUGGACCGCUUCAUCCUCCAGCACUUCGCCACGCUGUCGCUGACUGCCGACUUCCUGCAAAACAUCCCCUUGGACAAGCUGAGCUCCUACCUGUGCAGUGAGCAGGUGCAGCACGCCAGCGAGCGGGCCCUGCUGCAGGCGGCCCUUCAGUGGCUGAGCCGGGGGCCCGAGCCGCGGCUGGCCCACGGCCGGCAGCUCCUCUCCCGCGUCCGGCUGCCCCUGCUGGGCCCCGAGGAGCUGGUGGGCCCCGUGCGGUCGGCCGUGAGGGCCCUGCUGCCCGGGGACGUGGGCUGCGAGGCCCUGGUGGAGGAGGCCCUGGCGUACCACGCCCGGCCCAGCGCCCAGCCCCUCCUGCAGACCCAGCGCACGGCGCUCCGCGGGGGCUCGGAGAGGCUGCUGCUGAUUGGCGGAGAGGUUCUGGACCGUGGCAGUGGGCUGACGGCCAGUGUGUUCUGGCUGGACGCGGCUGCAGGGGCGGCGGCGGCGGCGGCGGGGGGCUGGCGGGAGGAGUGCCUGCUCCCCGACCUGCGGAGCCACCUCUCCGUGGCCACGCUGGGGGGCUUCAUCUACACGGCGGGAGGCAGCUCGUCCCGCGACCACAGCGGCGACACCGCCUGCAGCCUGCUGCACCGAUACGACCCCCGGCAGAGGACCUGGGCCGAGUGCGCGCCGAUGAACCAGCGGCGGGAACACUUCUUCCUGGCUGCCGCGGGCGGGUGUCUGAUCGCCGUGGGCGGGAGGAACGUCACAGGACCCCUGUCGUCUGUGGAGGUGUACCACCCUGCGGAGGACUGCUGGACCUACGUGGCCGGGCUGCCCAGGCGGACCUACGGCCACGCCGGCACCGUCCACCACGGCACCGUCUACAUCUCCGGCGGCUACGACCAGCAGAUCGGCCCCUACCGGCGGGACGUGCUGAGCUACGACCCGCCGGCCGCGGGGGCCCCGUCCGGCCGGGCCCCCGGCUGGCAGGAGCGCCGGCCCAUGGGCGAGGCGCGCGGCUGGCACUGCAUGGCCUCGCUGGGCAGCCGCGUCUACGUCAUCGGGGGCAGCAACGACCUGCUGGACGCCCCCGACCGGCUGGACGUGGGGGCGGUGGAGGCGCUGGACCCGGCCAGCGGGCAGUGGUCCCGCCUGGCCGACCUGCCGGCGCCCGUCAGCGAGGCGGGGCUGGCGGUGUGGGGCGGCCGGGUCUACGUGCUGGGCGGCUACAGCUGGGUGAGCAUGACCUUCUCCCGGGCCACGCAGGUGUACGACCCCGCCACGGGGCAGUGGGCCCCGGGCCCCGAGCUGCCCAAGCGGAUGGCGGGGGCCUCGGCCUGCACCUGCACCCUGAGGCCCCCCGCCGACGACGCCAUGGCCGCCGCCCCAACCCCCGCCGCCGCCGCCAACGCCACCGCCCCUCCCCCCGCCGACGCCAGCGCCAACGCCCCUCCCCCCUCCGCCGCUCCCACAGACGAUGAGGAGGAGGGAGGAGAGGGCGGGGGGAGACAGUGGGGGCCCCAGCCCGUCUGAGGAGAGCCGUGACGUUCUUCCCCCUGUUGGCUCGGUGAUGAGUGAGUGUGAGUCCCACUUUGUGUUGUGGGAGUGACUUGUUGAAUACGGUUGAAUCUGACCUAGUUUUCAGUUCAGUGAAGGUGAGUACUCCCUUAAUAGAAAGCCUCCACUCAUGUGCGAUGUAUGUGUAAAAUCAUUUAAGAUACUGCUGUUACAAAAUGACCCGGUUGGAAUGACACUUUAUUAAAUAUUGUUUCUUGGUGUUUCCUAAUGUUUACCAAAGGAUUUGUCUUCAUGGAUAACGUUUAUUUUCUGUGGAAGAUGGUGCAAGUGUUUUUUUUUUUGUUUUACAAUUUCAACACAGAUCUGUUUUCUAUAUUUUGGCAGUGCAUUUCACAGUAUAGUUCUUGGUGUUUCAUAAUGUUUACCAUAGGAUUUGUCUUCAAAGCAUAACGCUUCUUAACAUGGCAGAUGCUACAAAUAGGAAAUUUAGUUUCAUUUUAUCUAGGAUAAAGAUUUUUUAUUAUUUAUUAUUUUAUUCAAGUUAUUUGUUUUACAAUUUCAACACAUCUCUGUGUAUUACGUUUCGCCAGUGCAUUUCACAGUAUCAUUUUAUCAUCAACACUGAAUGAACAGUUUUAAGGAAAAACUUCAAGCCCUUGCAAGGUCUGUUUUCAUUUUACGAACAUGAAGAUGGUAUUAAUCCACUCUUUCUUCUCUCUGCCCUUUCAUUCUUAUUCAAAUGGGUAAUAAGGAUGAGACUUCAGCCUGAAAACCAAAAAUGCAUGGGAAUUUGUUAGGUCCACUUAAAUGUCACCUCAAUCUAUUUAACUGCACUGACAUACAAACUUUUGCACAUUGCUAGCGCAUACCACGACCAAUACCCCUGUUAUUAUGAUGAGGCCUCACACGUCUUCCAUAAAGGUGUUCAUUACCAAAGCCCUAAGUAGCAAUUAGAUAAAUCCAUUGGACAUGAUGUCUCUUAUUUAUUUGUUUGUAUUUGUGUGUAUGGGCACAACUUACUCUUCAAGGACACAAGCUCUCCAUCCCCGGUCCAGCCCCCUCAGCGCGGCCACGUCCUCCUCCGUCAGACUAAAGUCAAAGAUCUGCGUGCAACAAUACAUUCUCUUGGCCGUUGUCACACUACGAAAUAAAAUGGUUUAUGCUUC